GCCCAUUUGCUCAUCCACCUUACGGUGAAUUCCCAAUCCUCCGCUUUGCUACGGACAUUAGACCAUUUACUGAUAAAAUGGCGAGCAAGAUAGAUUACGAGAUAACAGAGGAGGAUCAAACGAAAAUCACAACUUUCAGUCUGAUGCAUGACAAGAGACUAAAGUUGGAACAACAGUUGGAGGUUUUAAAUAACCAGACUGGGCUCAUUUCAGACGCCCAGGAUGAACUCUUGAUAAACAUGGAGACUCCGCUCUACAAAAUCGGAGAUUGUUUCAUGAAACUCACUGAACAAGAGCUCGAAUCUGAACUCGAAAAGGUGAAGGAAGGGCUGCAAGAAGAAGCAGACAAGACAAAGGAACGGAUAGAAACAUGUAAGAAGGAGUGCGAUUCACUAAAGGCGUCUCUAUAUGCCAAAUUUGGAAGCAGAAUUAACCUGGAAGCAUGAUUCUGAGUUUCCAUGUCUAUUGGUCUA